AUGGACUAUCUUGUUUUUGAUAUUACUGGUGAUCUUAGCUUUGGGAGGUCCUUUAAUAUCAAAGAGCCUGGUGAGAAUCCUCUCAGGGAGGUGCCACAGAACAUUGUCCAAUACCUCAAAUUCUAUUAUCUGAUGUGCCGCUCGCCUUUUCUCGGCUCAAUUAUUUGGCUUAAGCCUCGUGGGUUAGACCGACUCAUGGAGCUCGUCACUCCAAAACCGGUCCGACAAUUCAAUGACUUUAUCUUUGAAAGUGUUACAAAACGACUUGAGCUUUAUGAGAAGCAGGAGGCUCUUGAUAAGAACGAUUGUCGUCGAGAUCUAUUCUAUUUUCUAUGCAAGGCUCAAGAUUCUGGAGGCCGCCCAGCAUAUACCCAAGAUGAGCUACGUGCAGAGGCCAUGUUAUUCAUCAUCGCCGGGUCCGACACUACGACUGCCAGCUUGGCUAGUAUCUUCUGGUACCUCGUUAGAGCACCGAGAACAUUCAACACAGCUACGGAUGUCAUCCAUAGCCCGAAGCUCAUGGGUUGUACAUAUCUUCGGGCAUGUAUUGACGAAGGAAUGCGUCUUGUCCCCCCUGGACCCUGUGAACCUCCACGAGAAGUCCUUGCCGGUGGCCUCCAGGUUCUAGAUUAUCACUAUCCCAAGGGAACGAUAGUUAGCACAGCUCCCUGGUGCGACUCACUGAACGUGGAAGUCUACGGGGACCCGGGGGUCUUUCGACCCGAGCGCUGGAUCAUAGAUGAGGCUACGGGCGUCACUAGGGAGAUGGUAGCCGAGAUCCGUGCCAACUUCCACCCGUUUCUCACAGGUCCCGGUGGCUGCGCUGGCAAGAAUAUCGCACUGGCGGAGAUUAUGCUUGUAGUCUCCAAGACGCUGCUUCGCUUUGAUUUGAGGAAAACGCCUGGGUCGACUUUGGGGGAAGGUAGGCCUGAGCUGGGCUGGGGCCAGAGGGAUAGGAGGCAAUUUCAAAUAGCGGAUGCAUUGGUGUCACUGAAGCAAGGUCCAGAGGUCCAAUUCAGGAAGAGGCCGUCUCCUGAGACAAAAUUCGGUUGA